AUGGUGGAGGCCAUCUACUCGGACGAGCCAGACACGCCGGAGGACGACCCGUGGUACGCUAUCCUCGCCGAGUGGGACGAGAUGGAGUUCGACGACGACGAGGAGGAGGAGGGCGGAGACGGCUGCGCGAGGCGUGCCGCUGCGGAGACGGCCGUGGGCGAGGCGGAGGUACAGGUGCUCGUGCGGCGGGGCGGCGACGAGUCCUUCUCGAUGGUCAGCUGGCUCAUGUCGCAGCACGACGAGCGAUGGCUGAUCGACUCGCUCAACAUUGUCUGA